AGGGAGAGCGGGGGUAUAUAAUGGCGAGGGAGGGGCGAAGUAAGCCAGAAGAAGGAAGAGACACCAUCAAGAGAACAUCACAGGAGAGAAGAGAAAGAUUAUAUUAUUAUUACUGGCGAUGUUUGUAUUUAUUGUGGUGGUGAUGGUGGUGGUAGCGGUCAACACUACCACCUCUCUUGACCCUGACCUGCUUGGGGAGAUUGAGAACAGGGACGCGCGUGACUGGGAGGCCCUUUGGAGUGAGGAACGCCUUGCCCUCUGUCGCCUCCGUCUGCGUCACAACCUUGACUCAAUUUGUGGCAAGGAUGUCUUUAGAAGGUCCGCCCCGCCCCACCCCGCUGCCCCGCCCCCCGAGCCGCCCCUCUACGAUGGAGACGGCGCAAGGAAGAACGUGGAAGAAGAAGAAGAAGAAGAAGAGGAGGAGGAGGAGGAGGAAGGGGCGAGGGUGGUGGGAGAGAAGAGGAUGGGGGGAGAGGGGGUCUCCCUUCAUCUCCCCUCCACGACCAUUGAGAUUAGCCACCCCUCUCCCCCCAACCCGGAGGAGGGGGGGCAGGAGGGGGAGAGAUCCCCACUCCUUCGCGUCCAACAAGCAAAUUUAUUCGUGACAACCUGGAUACGAGGAGGAGGAGGAGGAGGAAGAGGAGGAGGAGGAGGAGGACGAGAAAGACAAAAGAGAGGAGGAAGAGGAGGAGGAGGAGGGGUCGGGAGGUGGCACAGGUACCCCUCCAAGUACCCACGCUACCCCCUGCACCCCCGCUACCCCCGCCACGCCCCCUCCAUUACGUCAGAAUGUUGUACAGAAGUGGGGUGCACAUGGGAGGAAUAUGCUGAGUACUGCCCCUCCUCCAGCAGGCUCCGACCAGGGGUGAAGCUGAUCUGAAGUUUCUUCAUGAUCUACGGUGACCCCUGACCUCCGCUACACCCCAGGUCACCCCAGGUCACCCCAGCACCACCACAUCCCGGGAAAACACCAGACAACGGACGAAAAAUUGAAAAAAAAGCGAAAUUCAAAGAA